UGUUUUUUAACACCCCCCAAAAAAAAACUUUUAUUUUAACACCUCCCAAAAAUAUAAAAGUUGGAAGUUAACACCAGUUAACGAUUUCCGUCACGGAAAUUUAACGUGGGUCCCACAAAUUGGCUUGAACUUCAAUUUUCACCCAGCAAAACACGAAACUUCUUUCUUCAUUGAAUUCGCAGCAACCUUCUGCAUUGAAUUCUUUCUGAACCUUCAUUGAUUUCGCUUUUGAACCAAAGGAGAUCUUGGCUGAGAAGUGGAGUGUAGGGUGGUGUCAACGUUGGAGAAGAUAAGCUCAGGAGGGUUUCUUCAUCAUCUUCUUCAACUACAAAAGUGCGAAAGCCGCUUGAAAUUCACAGAAAAUAAGGUAAAAUUGCUCUCCUUUGAUAGCAAUUUCGUCAAUUACUGGUGCUUCAUUGCUGUAAACCUUGCAAUAAUUGGGUAAUUAGGGUAAAUUUUGGGACCACAGUAGGAAAGCCUUGAUAAAUCAAUUUCUGUAACUGACUAUGCGACUUAGGUUAAUUGGAUUUCGUAAUUGAAAGUAGAGAUUAAUUAAGGUGGUUUAUUGUUAAUUAAACUAGCAAGUGUGGUUUGUUGAUUAAUUUAUGUUACUGAGCACCUACAUUGGCUUGUAUAUGUUUAUUUUCAAUUUUUUUAUGUGUUUGUUUGUGUGGCUGUGAUGGAUUUGUUUAUUCGUAUUGUGCAUGUAUAGUUACAUGGCUUUUAAUAUGUUUUAUAUGUUUUUCACUGGUGGGUAGAUAAUGGGUGACAAGGAUAGUUUGGUUGACAUCUGCCUUAGAGUGGGAGGUGCUUUUGUCCCUAAAAGAGUAACCAAAAACAGGCAGCUGCUGUGUUGGUGUGGUGGUUGGUGUUACUGGAAGAGGAAGGUUCAAGUAUCUAAGUUGGAUGUGCAUUUGAUUAGAACAGCUGCAAUUCAUGGUUUUGUUAAUGGUGAUAUGGAUGUGCCUAUGCAUUACAGCUGUUGGUAUAGGCAGAAGGGGAAACUGUGGGGGAUAUAGGCAUUAUGCCAAGACUUGCAAAGUACCUGCUGCACCAGCUACAGAGCUGAUAAAGUCAGCAGGCAGACCCCCACUGAACACUCCUUGGAUGGUGGAGGAGAGGAAGAAGAAAGAGAUUAGGGCUGCUAAAAAGAGUGCAAUUGGGGCUGGACCAAACAGCAUAGGAAACAAAAAGUUUCCUCAAGAGCAAGAAGGUUGUCUGCCAUUCAGCAAGCGCCCACAGCCACAGUCUUCCUCAGCUAAGCAUUCCUCAGCUCAGCCAUCCUCUAGUCAGCCAUCCUCAGCUCAGCCUUCCUCAAGUCAGCCUGCCUCAAGCCAACCAAAAAGAAAGACAAGGUCUUCCUCAAGUCAGCCUACAACAGCCACAGGUGUUGUAACAAGGGCCAGGCUGCAAUCCCUCAACAACCUUACUCAGUGAUGUACUCAUGCUGGAUAUCAAACAUUAUGUCUGUUGAACAAUUUCAAACUUUUAUUAUGUACUCAUGACUGGUUAUGUAACUUGCUAGUUUUUUAGUGGCUUCCCUUAACAAAUUUGAACAAUUAGAUAUUGAAUUGUAAUGGUUGCAUGGCUUUGAUUGCCAUUGAAACAUGUUGAAGUAA